AUGCAAGAAAGGCUGAGAAACCAGGAUGGCCAAGAUCCCGGGGUUCCAGACAAGGACGUCGUGGCCGAUAACCCUGAAACGGAACCUACGGAACCCAUUGCGGACGACACACCGGAUCCGGAUCCUAUUGAAACUGCCGAAGAAGAUUCUCCUAUCAAUCUGUCCGCGACGGAUACUCAAGAGAGCCAAGACACUGCGAUUGCAGUGGAGCCAAAUACUGUGGUUUCAGAAGAAACUGCCAUCGAAGACCCUGUUCCUUCCGAGGAGCCUGUUGUCGAAGAACCUGCCGGUUAUGAUGAGCCUUCUGUUGAAGAGCCUGCUGUCGAAGAGCUCCCCGCCGCCGAAGAGCCUACUGCGGCUGAAGAGCCUGCUUCAGUUGACGAAACUUCUGUUGUUGAAGCAUCUGUCGUUUCAGAAGAGCCUUCUGUUCAAGAGCCUGCUACUACAGAAGAGCCUCCUGCAGCUGAAGAACCUGCUACCCCUGAAGAACCUGCCGCUUCCGAUGAACCUACUACAGUCGAAGAACCUCUAGUUGAAGAGUCUGUUGCUGUUGAAGAACCUCCUGUGGUUGAAGAGCCUCCCGCGGUCGAAGAGCCUACAGUCGAAGAGCCUGUUACUGUUGACGAACCUCCUGCGGCUGAAGAGACUCCUGCUGUCGAAGAGCCUCCAGCUGUCGAAGAGCCUCCAGCCGUCGAAGAGUCUCCUGCUGUUGAAGAAGAAGCUGUGGUCGAAGAGCCUCCUGCCGUCGAAGAGUCUCCUGCUGUCGAAGAGCCUCCUGCUGUCGAAGAGCCUCCUGCUGUCGAAGAGCCUCCUGCCGUUGAAGAAGAAGCUGUGGUCGAAGAGCCUCCUGCCGUCGAAGAGCCUCCUGCUGUCGAAGAGCCUCCUGCUGUUGAAGAAGAAGCUCUGGAAGAGACUCCUGCCGUCGAAGAGUCUCCUGCUGUCGAAGAGCCUCCUGCUGUCAAAGAGCCUCCUGCCGUUGAAGAAGAAGCUGUGGUCGAAGAGCCUCCUGCCGUCGAAGAGCCUCCUGCCGUCGAAGAGCCUCCAGCUGUCGAAGAGCCUACUGCCGUUGAAGCAGAAGCUGUCGAAGAGACUCCUGCCGUCGAAGAGCCUACUGCCGUUGAAGCAGAAGCUGUCGAAGAGACUCCUGCCGUUGAAGAAGAAGCUGUGGUCGAAGAGCCUGCUAUCGAAGAAGUUGAGGCUUCACUUCAAGACACCACAGAGGCCUCUACAGAGGAAAUGCCUGUUGAAGAACAAUCCGAUGGCAUAGUAACUGAGCAGCCAGCUCCUGAGGACAUCAUCCCAGAGACUGAAGCUAGCGGUUCAGCGUCUGAAGAGCCCACAGCAGAGUCUUCGGUGGAGGAAAAUUCUGCAACAGACGCGGCGAUAGAGAAAGAAACUGAGGACCCUGCCGAAGCAGAAGCACUGACUGCGGAACCCACGACGGAAGAGCCAUUUGCAGAAGAAGCUGUCCCUGAUAGCGUCCCUGCAACUGUACCUACCCCCGAGUCAAUCUCUGAGGGCUUGGUGCUGGACGAGGCUACCCCUGCAGAAGCCGCCACCCCUGAGGAAGCUAUUCCUGCCGAAGAACCUGCAGCCACAGCAGCUUCCGACGUAUCCGCCGAAGAUGCUACUUGUCAGGAACCGACCACCGCUGACGAUGUCACUGAAACUGCUCCAACUGAGCCGGCUGAACCGGCAGCGACAGAAACCGGAGUAGAGGCGACUGAGAAAACGGAGAAGGCUUUGGAUACCGCACCUGAGGCCGUGGAGGAGGAGGCCGCACCCGCAGAGACCGCUCCAGAAGAUAUCACACCCGAGGUCCCUGCUACAGUCGAUGCUACUGUCGAAGAGCCAGCAUCAAAUGCGGCUGCUUUAGAAGAAACGACAGUAGCCGAACCAACCGCUGCAGACUUCGCUCCUGAAUCUGCGACAAACAACGCUUCCACAGAGGUUGUAUCGGCGGAGACAGCUUCCAAGGAGGUCAACCCUGAAGAGCCUUCGGCAUCUGAUGAGCACUCCCCUCAAGAUAUUGCGGAGUCAGAAGUGGCAGGUGAGGAAAUUGCAAAGGAAGACGACCUUGAAGAAUCUUCCCCAGCAGACAUUGGAGGUGGCCAUCCAGCAGAGGGCGAGUCGCAACCAGAUGAUCAAGUGCAAACUGCUCCCGAAGUAUCCACCAUUGACACCUCCGUUGAACCCGAACCCUCUGAAGAACCGGCAUUACCACCACCAACCAGGAUCGAUGAAGCAGAGAAAGCCACGGAAGAAACUUCAACAGCUCCGGAAGGGGAGGACGCUACACCUCAGGAACCUCACGCAACAUCUGAAGAAACGGCCCUGCCUGUCGAGAAUGAGGAUACACACAGCAACGACGAGCUCAUCGCGGGAGCUGUCACCGCUGCUGGUGUUGGUGUUGCAGGAUAUCUGGCUGCCGCCAAUAUUAGGAAAGACUCGGGCGAUGACAACACCGCAAGGGAGGUUCCCGGAUCUGACACAGUAGACGCCAUCUCACGUCGAAGUUCGGUGGACAAGUUGACCCAAACUCUCGCAAACCCCCAACCUUCGAGGCAAAUUGUUAUUGCCGACCAAAAAGACGCCGAUGUGGACUCCAACUUCAACCUCGUGCACCGGGAAGGUUAUUCAGACUCUGGGACGCAAACAGAUACUUCGGUUUUGAGUCUUCGUCCCUCGACACCAGCCGUGGUUCUACCUGAACUUCCCUUGUCACCAGCGGCCAAAGAAAGAUCAAAGGCUCUCAGAAGACAGCGGAAGGUCUCCAUCAAGAAGGCCGAAGAGCUUGUGGCAGCUGCCGUGAUUAUCUAUGCUACGGCGGAGGCCCUCCGCCCACCCAUGCGUCCUUUGUCCCGGAGCACUCAAAUUACCAAGGCCACGAGCAACUGGGAGCCACAGAUGAAGAUCAAACCGAAAAGGGCCUUUUUAUCGAGGGUUCUCCCCGGGCUUCUUUCCAGACGCAGGAAAAAGAAGGAUGCAGAGGCUCAGAGCGAGCGGUCUCUCCGAUCUGGCGACUCCGCCCCUCGCACUCCACCGGAACCUCUAAAGAGACAGGACAGCGGUUUCUCGGAAAGCCCACAGACCGUCAUUCACCGAAGACUCCGGAGCGAGCGCAGUGAGCACAGUGAGCGUAGCGGGAGGACGGAAAGAAGCGAGCGCAGCAGUCGCUCCGAACGAACUCCCGAAGAACAAGCCGCCCAUGAUCGCCGCAAGGAAGAACGCAGACUUGCGCGUGAAAAGGAGAAAGAGCGUGAACGCGAGGCUGAGCGUGAGCGAGACCGCGAACGCGAACGCGACAGGCGCCGCGAGAGAGAACGCGAGCGCGAGCGCCGGCGUGAGAUGGAACGCGAAGCCGAAGAAAAAGAGCGGUCAUAUCGCAAGGGCAAGGAGCCAGAGGUCAUCGCCAAGCCUGAGGAGAUGGCGGAACGCAGCCACCGCCGCUCUCGCCGCCACAGCACCGCAGAACACCACCGUCCGGAGCGUACCCUCAGCAAGAGAAAUCCCACGGACCCCUCACCAGGAAAGACAAAGAACUUUUUCAGCCUCCAUGACGAAGGUGCGAUUGAAUCGAAACCCCCUCCCCAGGAUCCCCCUCCCCCAGAAAUCAAGGGCGACAUGCCAACGGAUGACAAUGCAGGACAAGAAGGGGCAACUAGUUCACGAGGUAUCCCGAAGCGGUCCAACACGACGCGCGAGAGGCACAGCCACAGCCACAGCCAUACCCGUCGGUCUGAAGACGUUGGAAGACCCAGCAAGCUGCAGAAGGCACGUGAGCAAGUUGCCGAAGAAGCAUCGCGUAAGGCGGCCGAAAAACCCAGGUCACAUCAUUCGGAUGAUACUCGGCGGCGCGCCCGCGAAGAAGAGCGACGAAGGACGAGAGACGUUGAGAAGGAAAGAGAGAGGGGCAGAGAAAAGGAGAAGGAGAAGGAGAAGGAGAAGACAAGCGGGAUCAAGGGCAUGUUCAAGCGGUUGUUCAACUAA